AAAGAUCAUUUCAAACUCUGUUUUAAACAAAAGAAUAUUUUAUAAUUUAUAAAUCUUAAUUUUUUUAAUAAAUAAUUUACAUAUUUUUCAAAAACUCAAUUUAUAACCAAUUUCAAUAGAAAAUGGAUCCAAAUAUGGAAGGCCUGGUUCUAGUACGAAACAUCCCUAAUAACCAUCACUAGAUAAUAUUUGUGGGAAAUCUGAAUGAAGAUGCAAUUACUCUAGAUAGGGAUAAUGAUCAAAAAAAUUUCUAGCUUAGCUAUAGAAUAGAACAUUUUAAAUCAUUCAUAAAUAUUAUUUCCUCUAAACCUGAUCCACUUGUCCUCGUCUCCAAUAUUUUAGCAGUCAAUCCCUGCCACUCUUUACUAUUUUAGGAAAGACUUGAGUGACCUUCUGUCCCCAUCCUUUAUGCCCAGUUCAUUUCAAAUAUUGGAAUAGUUUUGAAAAGGGCCAAUCACCCAAUGAAACCACAUCGCUUAGCCUUAACACAUGAUCUUAUUUUAACAUAUAAAUUAGAUAAAUACAUGAAAUUAUAUAGACCAAAAAGGGCCAAUGAAGUUGACAUGUAUAAUUUUCAUUCCAAAGAAUAUAUUGAUUUUUUGAAAAACAAUAAAAUAAAAUUACAAGAUAACUCAAAAUUUCUAUCUAAAUUUAAUGUUGGAGAAGAUUGUCCUUUGUUCCCAAAUUUGUUUGAAUUUUGCUCUAUGUAUACUGGAGCAUCAUUAGAAGGAGCAUUACUAUUAAACCAUCAGCUAUGUGACAUUGCUAUAAAUUGGGCUGGCGGUUUACAUCAUGCAAAAAAAUUUGAAGCUUCUGGAUUUUGUUAUGUAAAUGACAUUGUUUUGGCAAUUAUAGAAUUACUUAAAUAUAAUCCUCGUGUUCUAUAUAUUGACAUUGACAUUCAUCAUGGUGAUGGUGUACAAGAAGCCUUUUAUCUUACUGAUAGAGUUAUGACAGUUAGUUUUCAUAAAUAUGGGAAUUUAUUUUUUCCUGGAACAGGUCAUAUUUAUGAAGUGGGGGCGGAAGCAGGAAAAUAUUAUGCCGUUAAUGUGCCAUUAAAAGAAGGUAUUGAUGAUGAAGCAUAUAGCUAUAUAUUCAAACCUAUCAUCAAAGACGUUGUACAAUUUUAUCAACCUAAUGUUAUUGUUCUUCAAUGUGGAGCAGAUUCAUUAUGCGGUGAUCGAUUAGGAUGUUUUAAUCUUAGUAUAAAUGGACAUGGACAAUGCGUUAAGUUCGUUAAAGAAUUGGGAAUCCCAUUAUUAAUUUUAGGUGGGGGCGGAUAUACAAUACGAAAUGUAGCUCGUUGUUGGGCUUAUGAAACAUCUCUCAUUUUGGAUAAGGAAAUCGAUAAUAAAAUUCCCGAAGAAUCUGAAUAUCGAAAUUAUUUUGGUCCGGAUUAUACUCUGCAUUAUGAAAUUCAUCCCAAAGUUGAAAAUCAAAAUUCUCGACAGCCUCAAGGUUUUAGCUUAAAAAAUGAUUCAACCUUAGGCCUUAGACGGAUCCCGAUAAAUAUCAUCCAGGCCUCAAGGCAUAACAAAUAUUUUUUCGGCACAUGUCUUAUGAUUGAGCCGUUUUUCAAUUUUAGGGAGAGCACAACAUCAGUAUCCAUCACCUUCAUUUUAAACUUUUAGACACCACUAGGAAAACUGUACAUGAUCAUUUAAAAUGUCUUGCUCAUGCACCUAGCGUUGAAUAUUCCCCUAUUAUUCAAGAUGCAUUUCCCUUGCCUACCAGC